AUGAACCGCCCCAUCCAAGUGAAACCAGCGGACAGUGAAAACCGCGGAGAUCGAAAGCUGUUCGUGGGUAUGCUCAGUAAGCAACAAACUGAAGAAGAUGUCAGACAAUUAUUUGCGCCCUUUGGAACAAUAGAGGAGUGUACUAUUUUAAGAGGACCCGACGGAGCUAGCAAAGGUUGUGCUUUCGUGAAAUACAGUUCACAUCAGGAAGCACAGGCGGCCAUUAAUAGCUUGCACGGGAGCCAAACUAUGCCGGGAGCUUCCUCCAGCUUAGUAGUAAAAUUUGCCGAUACUGAAAAGGAACGCCAACUAAGACGCAUGCAGCAGAUGGCCGGAAACAUGAGUCUUCUCAACCCUUUCGUGUUCAACCAGUUCGGAGCUUAUGGAGCUUACGCACAGCAACAGGCUGCAAUUAUGGCAGCAGCCACUGCACAAGGAACAUACAUUAAUCCAAUGGCGGCGAUAGCAACUCAGUUACCGCACGCCGCAAUAAAUGGAAUGGCGAAUUCUGCACUACCCCCAACCUUGCCUUCCCCGACGAUGCCAACAUUUAACAUGGCAGCACAGACGCCAAACGGUCAACCUGGCGGCCAAGAACAAGUAUAUACGAAUGGAAUCCCUCCCCAAACAUACCAAGCUCAUGCGCUACAUCUGUCCAUUCCAGCGCAAGGGUUGCCAAACGGAGAAGCGGCGAUACAGCAUCCAGCGUAUCCAGGCAUGCAGCCGGCAUAUCCAGGCGUCGGCUGUUCAAUAUCUGGCCCGGAAGGUUGUAACCUAUUCAUCUACCACUUACCUCAAGAAUUUGGCGACGCUGAACUGAUGCAAAUGUUUCUUCCUUUUGGAAAUGUCAUCAGCUCUAAAGUUUUUAUUGACCGUGCCACAAAUCAGAGCAAAUGUUUUGGGUUUGUGUCUUUUGAUAACCCGGCAAGUGCUCAAGCUGCCAUCCAGGCAAUGAACGGCUUCCAGAUCGGGAUGAAGAGACUCAAGGUUCAGCUGAAGAGGCCCAAGGAUGCCAACAGGCCCUACUAACCCUGGCCCUCAGAACUGUGGGUGCCCCAGAUCAGGGUACU